AGCUUCUUGUAUCAGAAGCAACAAUUCAGCGUGUCGGAUCACGGCGUGUUGCGCGUUGUGGCGAACAGCGGUCCUGUUUCCAACGCCAUUUAUGCAUCUAACUUGUGGACCGUCCAGCGGUCAAGCUGGCUUGAUUGGCGCGACAACAACGUGGGAGUGGGUGCAAUGUUCCGUUACUCCCCAUUAUUUGCUAUGAGCAUUGACAGCAGCAGUGUGGUGACGCUGACGGGCUGCAAGAUGGGCUCGACGGGGUUUUCGGAGUCUCUGCUAUCGCAGUCUGACGCCGGCUACCGGCUUGUUGCUGGGUGCCUGACGGUCGCGGGACGGGAGGUGACGACGGCGGCUGAAUUGGAGCUCCAUGGCAUCAAUAACGUGACGACGGUUGCCGCGUGCGGGGAGUGCACGAAGGACGGCGACUGCUUUGCCCCGCUGACGACGGCGGUCAUUGGCUGCAAGUGCCAGUGCGCUGCUGGAGGGCACGGCGAUGUGUGCGUCCCGGCGCCUGUGCCUGUUGGCCCGCCGCCACCGCCACCGCCGCCACUGCGGCCCACGCUGCCACCACCGUCUGUUGGUGAGUGCAUCGGCGACAUGGUGUACCCCGAGGUUGCACAGUCUUUGGGUGGCGGGCUGUCGUGGCUGUGCUACCGCAACGUGACGUUCAGCGGGGGCGGCAUGAGCCUGACGGUGCUGAUUGGGGCGAUGACGGGCGACGUGGUGAAUGUCAUGUUCGAUGGAUGCACGUGGAGGGACGGCGCUGUGCUGUUGCUGUUGGGCAACGCUUAUGCCGCUGUGGGGUCGUUGAACAUUGUCGUCACCGGCAACACGUUUCGUGACGCGCUGCUCAGUCCGGAGGGUGUGUUUCCACCGCGCACGAACAUCACGAUCAGCGGGAACCGCUUUUCGGUCACGAGGCUGAUCCCUCGGUCGGGAUUGGGCCUUAGGAAGCCGUCGUGUGUUGUGAUGAAUGAGCUGGCGAUCAGCAAUGACUCCGCGGUGGUUCUGAGCGGCAAUGUGUUUCAGACCGUGACGGCAUUGUCAAGCGCCAUUUACGUCGUUGAAUCUUCUCUGAGGGUGUCGUGGCGCUCCCUUUUUGCGGUGGUAGGCAACACGUUUCAUAUGGCUGGCGGUGACGGUACGCUGAUAUAUCUUGAAGGGUCUGGCCAAUCCUCAUCGCUGAAGGUGCUGAACAACUCUGCCGUGGUGAUCCGAGGCAAUCUUGUUUCGAGGUCGGUGAGGUACAUUUUAUUACUAAUUUUGGCAUUACGUGUGGAGUCUCUGUCGGCAGUUGUGUUUCAGGGCAACGACAUGCAGGGAAGCUCGGUUGUGUUUAUCUCAAGCGAAUCCUCCAACAUUUACUACGACUCUUGGCUGCAGUUGAGCGACAACCUCUGCCGCGUGUCCCCAUCGGAUGCGUUUGCUUUUUUUAACCCCACGGUGAGUCUCCGCGAUUCCACGGUGACUGUGUCCGGCAACCAAUUCAUGUCCAGCACGGGCACGCCGAAAGUGCUGCGGAUAUUCUCAGGGUCAACCGAUCUUACAAACGGAGCGAUUGUGGCCGCGUGCAACACUGUGAACGGCGUUGAGGAAGCGAACUACAUUAUUCCGUCCGCGUACAAUGCCACCAUUCUGACCUGCAGCGACCCAUGCACUAUUGCGACGUCGUGCUUCCCUGCGUACACGACGACGGCCUCGAGUGAUGGCUGCGCCUGCAGGUGCGCGGAGGGAGGCCACGGCGAUGCGUGCCUGCCCGUCGCUGUCCCCGAGCCACCGAGCACCGACGGCGCCGACCUUUGCGUGCGCGACGUGCGUGUGAAUGUGGAGGUGAACGUCAGUUUCGGGACGUCGGUGGUGUGCUACGUUGGUGCGACCUUUGCGGCGGACGUCGUGGUGGACGUGGAGUCGAUGUCAGGGAGCGUGCGCAACGUGACGCUGGCAAACUGCACGUUUGUGGGCGGAGCGAGCCUGUACGUUGUUGGGUGGCGGCCCGACCCGCCUGCUGGAGAGCGCGCCGAUGUGUUGAUCAGCGGGCUUGAGUCGCGCUCUGGCGGCGGUGUGUUGGUGGCGAACCGAUUUCCGCCGGGCUCGCGCGUCACUGUGGUGGACUCGGUGCUGGUUGCA